GAUGGUGCUGAAUGUUGUCCACUAUACUAUUCUGAAUAAAAAACAUUUUCUGCACGUUCGAACAGAGUUAGUUUCGUUAGAUUUGUUGGAAAUAGGAAAGUUUUGGCAUAAUUUAACGUGAUAAGUGAAUCUCUAAGUGCUCAAAAGAUGAUAAAGCUUCCGGAAAUUAAGGAAUUAGGACUCCGUACGAAGGAACAGUUUUUUUCAAAGAAAGUUCAAAGAGCCCUGAGGAACAACAAUUUGCUGAACGAGGAACUGAAACACUCCCAUGCUACUUUAGAAAAGAGGAAGGAAAGAAGGAACCAGAUCACUAACCAUGUUAAGAAAGUGGUUUCCAUGAGCACGAAGCACGUGACCAGUACAAACAGCUGGAUGAGCAACCACCUGAACAGGUGCUUGUUAGUACUGGAGAGAGGGAGACACAUGCAGGUCACCAAACCUUACUAUCACGCCCCUGGUAAGCCUCUGACACCGUAUCACACGAAGAGGGAACGACAGAGAUUAGCAGAAGAGGAGGUAAAUUCUAAAAACAUUAAGGAACAAUCUGGAAUAUUCUUACGUUUUAGAGAACCAAAACGAUUCUCAGCGGGGAGAGAUAACUGUCAUGUGAUUGAGUUGAAUAAACAGUUGAAGUUCAAGGCUGAGAAAUGAUUUAUAAUGUUAUUAUGAAGGAGUAAAGCUUUGCUUUCUGCUUAUAAUGUUGUCAUAUGAUGGCAUUGGCGUGGAUAUUGAUUCAGAGCUUAUGAAUAGAACAGUUUGGACUCCAGGAUGACCCAUUUCAAACUAGAUGUCAGAGUCACAUCGUGCUUGACUGGACAUAUUUAAUUUUAGUUCAGCUUGGAGUCACUAUUCGGGAUUGAAGUCAAUUUAGCAAGUACUUCAAAAAGCUCCCUGGCCCUAUUCAAUCGUAGCUCUAUUGUCAAGUAUAUAAUUGCAAUGUUAUCAUAUCUAUAUAAACAUCUGAAAGUGUCUGAAAGUUUACUUCUGAAAUGAAGUUAACGUGUACAGUUGUGUGUCAAUAAUUCGUGUUCGGACGGAAUUAAUUGUUAAUGGAGAAUGGAGAUGAGUGGGUGAACAAUGGCACGUGAUGUCAAUUUGUGUUAUAUCCAUUCAAUAGUAAAGCUAAGGAGUAAAAUUAAACAUUCAAAAUAAAUCAGUCAAAA